AGUUCGACACGCUGAAGUCGUAGCGCGAACCAAUCCGAAUCCAUCUACCGCGCAACAGAGAGCAGCAGAUGUGUGUCGUUCGGUAUCAAGUGGUGCUUCGUGCUCUCGCGUAUUCGGGUCAUUUUUAAAGGGCCUCGAAAAUCAGCAUUUGUGUGGUCUAGUUUCGCUCGAGAAGCAGGCUGUUUUCUCGGUGAUCGCUUUCGACGGGCCACUUCUGCGUGCGACAUCUGGAAAAGGAUGCUCUUGUUUUCGAAGGAACGAACCACAAGGCCGUUUCCCCGAGGAGCCAAGUCUGGGCUGGUGCAGCCCGAGCAGCGAUGGAACCUCUGGUGAACGGAGGUGGCGUGGUGGGCGUAGGGGCCGCAGGGGCGGGCCCCACUGCCAAGACGUACGACUACCUGCUCAAGUUCCUGCUGGUCGGGGACAGUGAUGUGGGCAAGGGGGAGAUCCUGGGAGGCUUCGAGGACGGGGCCCUGGAGUCGCCUUUCAGUGCUCCCGGCGGCUUUGCCUCGUACCGCACCACCACCGUGCUGCUGGACGGCAAGCGGAUCCGACUGCACCUCUGGGACACGUCUGGGCAGGGCCGCUUUUCGACCAUCAUCCGGUCCUACUCGAGGGGCGCCCAGGGCAUCAUCCUGGUAUACGACAUCACCAACCGCUGGUCCUUUGAUGGCCUUGGCCGCUGGCUCCAGGAGGUGGAGAAACACGCCCCGGGCAUCUCCAAGAUCUUGAUGGGCAACCGGCUGCACCUGGCCUUCCGGCGGGAGGUGGGCCAGCAUGAGGCGGCGGAGUAUGCCCAUAAGCACGGCAUGGCCUUCUUCGAGGUGAGCCCCCUGUGCGACUUCAACGUCACCGAGUCCUUCGUGGAGCUGUCCCGCAUGGCCCUCCGCAGGAACGGCAUGAAGCACCUCUGGAAGGCCAACAGGGUGCUUUCGCUCCAGGAGCUGUGCUGCCGCACCAUCGUGGGCUGCACGAGCGUGUACCGCAUAGAGCAGCUGCCCUUGCCGGGGCCCCUCAAGUCCUGCCUCAAGUCGUACUUCAUGAGCUCCUCCUACCCCCGCCCCCACCUGGAGGGCUCCCCGCAGGACCGGGCCCUGCUCCUGCCCCUGAGGGGCACCAGCGCCGGAGAGCACCGGCCACGCAAGCACCGCAGGCGCCACUCGGCCGCGGACGUGCUCAGCUGCCGCAAGAGCUGCUGCAUCUCAUAGCACGCUUCACGAUUGUUUCUUUCUUUCACGGCGACAGUUCCGAAGCUGGGAGGAGAAUCGCGAGGGAAAAGUUUGGAAGUGAACGACGCGUCAAGACGCCAAGCCCGGUGGGAACGUUGGACCGCGGGAGUGUCGAUGGAUGUCGCAAGCACGGACUACGUUUUGGACAGUGUCUGACUGUGGUGCAUUCAGACUCCCGAACGGACAAGCGUCCAUCUUGGAACUGUGUUUGUGCGCCUGUGUGGAUCUAUGUGCGUGUGCGUGUGUGUCUUAGGAGAUUACUGUAAGUAGUGUAUAUAGAGUCCUCGAAAUUGACGAAUCCUCAAGUCGUGUGCUUCGAUUGGCGAACUAGGAGCUCACGAAAUCGUAGCUUGCACUUCUUUAGUCCCCCCCCUUUUUUUUUUUUUUUUUUUUUAAGCAAUUUUUAUGUUUGUUUUUUAUCCAAGAUUUCUUUUUUUUUUUUUUUUUUUGUACUGCAAGUGAGCAGGUGUUUUGUACGAAGCGAACAGUGCCGCAUUGUUUUCCCGUCUGCAUUUCGAGUCCCAACGUCGCGAUGUGGGAAGUUCGAGCACUUGAGCAGGCUAAAAUUUUUUUUUUUUCAACCAUCGAGUCGCAUGCGCACAACGUGUAAACGAAAGGUUGUACAAGUGUAUUCUCAAUUUAUCAGCGGCGGUAUAUGCGAAAGGGUUUAUAGAACUGCGUGUAAGAUUAGAGUACAACUCGACGGCCGAUUUCUACGAACCCAACAUCGUCGUAAAAUCGACCGCUCGGACCGUCGUUAAACCUACGGCUCAAGCCAUCUUCGAAUUGACGGCUCAAGCUGUCAAUAAAUCGACGGAUCGAGACGCGAGCGGUGCAAUAACACGGACAUUGCGUCGAUAAAUUGACGGUUCGAGCAAAUAAGGAGUAAGAAACAGUUUUUAGGGCGCCGGCACGCGGGUGCCCAGACGUCACGCAGCAGCUUCGCUGCAUCAGCGGCCAAAGACACAGAUGAUAUAGUCUAUUUUUUCUAAGCAGCUCGGAAGCUAUAAACUGGAGGCUCGUCCGACGGACACAAAUGAAAUAGUCACUUAGUUACGUGUAGUAUCGUGCGGUGCCGUAGGUAUUUUGGCAAGUGUUGUAAAUAUCUAGGAAAAGAGGAAUCGACGUCUAGCCUCCCGGUCGUCCGUUUUGUGUGUGGUUGUAAAUAUGUGUUCAAAUACAGGACUUGCCAGGCUA